CAAGAAGAUGCAGGAGUUGAUUGGCGGUUGGGAUGGCAGAGUGAGCAGGAAUGGGUGGGGAAGUCAGGUCGAAUCAUUCGAGGCCCCGUUGGACAUUCCUUCCCUCCCAUCAUCCUCAUCCUCCACUCCCGCAGACCCAUUUCCAGGCGUAUUCAUCCGCGCUCCGGUAGUAGAACGCCUUCUCCCCUCAACAGACGUCGAUGACGCCCAGCCCAACCAGCCAGCAGAGUCAGGCCUCCGACCGGGCGAGGAGCUCAGCAAUGUCAACCUGGUCCAGUACCCGGUCAAGGGCGCAGAGAUCAACACACCGGCCACGCCCCUCGUCGAGGACCCGCUGGAGAAAGCUGGCGCACCAGCUGCGGCCUCAGAACCUGUCAAGCAGGCGCUGCGCCUCGCUGUGGCCCCGCCGAUGAAGCGAUCCUCACCUGCACCGGAGAUCGAGGUCAUCGCCCGCCUCGCACCAGAGGUACGUCCACCACCUGAACUGGCACCCGGGCCGGACGCGGAUGUGGUGGCGCUGAGACAGGGAAACGUCUUUGUUACCACCUUCCACCCGGAGCUCACCAGGGAUACAAGGCUGCAUCGCUGGUGGGUCGAGGAGUGCGUCGUGCCGCUUUUGCCGGCGUGACGCGGUGUGCGGGGAAAAUACACGUAUAGACAAUGGUAUGCAAUUUAGAAUAUCCAAGACUA